CGAUGCGCCGUCUAGUCUUAUCUCUGUUGACCAUUGGCCUGUUCGCCCUGGCGGCCGGGGCCCUGCCCGAGGAUGACGACUCCUCCUCCUCGUGGCCGGACGCGCUCGAGGUCGAGACCGCCUGCAAAUACGUGGGCGACGAGUGCACCCUGGACACCGACUGUUGCGGCGCGAUGCGCUGCGACGAGCACAACCAUCGCUGCACGGUGCCCUGGCCCAUCAUGAAGCAGGCGAGCGCCGACAAUCUCACGCUCUUCGAUCGUUGCAGUCGCAAAGAUGGAUGGUGCGAGACUCACAACGGCUGCUGCCGCGGCUUACACUGCAAUGUGAAAAAUCGUGUCUGCGAGGAGGGCAAGUGCGCUCGUAUUUUCGAGAAGUGCGAGAAAGAUUCCGAAUGCUGCGACUGGAUGCACUGCCACGAGGAGGAGAAAGUGUGCAUCCUCAGACUGUGUCAGGAAGAAAAUGCUACGUGCAUGAGACACGGCGAUUGCUGCGGUGGACUGCAGUGCAACGUCGAGACUCGUCGCUGCGAGAAGGGCAAGUGCAGCCUCAACAACGAGGAGUGCAAGAAGGGCUGGCAGUGCUGCGAUCGCAUGGCCUGCAACGCCGAGAACAAUCUCUGCCAAUGGAAAGACUGUGCCGCCGAGGAUCGAAGGUGCAAGAGGCACUCGCAGUGCUGCGCCGGUCUUCACUGUGACAAGGACGUUCAUAAGUGCGCCCAAGGUGUUUGCAAGCAAGAAGAAGGAAAGUGCGACAAAGAUACGGAGUGCUGCGAAGGGAUGCAUUGCCAUACGGCCGAUAAGACCUGCGUCAAAGGUUUCUGCCACCGAGAGACGGAAACGUGCUCGAGACACCGAGACUGUUGCCACGGCAAUCACUGCGACAGCGACUCCAAGACCUGCGUGAGUGGAGUCUGCCAUCUCGCCAACGGCCAGUGCUCCAAGGAUUCGGACUGCUGCGACGGAUUGCAGUGCAACGCCGAGAAGCAGAUGUGCGAACUUAAACGAUGCCGCAAAGAGGAGAAUUGGUGCCGAAAGCAUCUUCAAUGCUGCGCCGGAUUACAUUGCGACAUGGAAAGACACAAGUGCGCUGAAGGACUGUGCAAAAAUCACCACGACCAGUGCGAGUGGAAUAUGGAUUGUUGUGAUGGCUUGAGAUGCAACAGAGAAAACAAACAGUGCGAGGCUUGGGGAUGUCAUCGCGAGGAACAAAGAUGUUUGAAAAAUGCUCACUGUUGUUCCGGACUGCACUGUAACAAAGAAAAUCACAAAUGUGAAAAAGACAAGGAGCCAGAACCAGAGCCAGAACCGCAACCAGAGUGUCAUCAGGAAAAUGAUAAGUGCGAGAAAAAUAAAGAUUGCUGCGAUGGUUUGAAGUGCAACAAAGAAAACGGGGUUUGCGAGAAAAAAUCCGAACCAGAGCCAGAGCCAGAACCGCAGCCAGAGCCGCAGCCAGAGUGCCAUCAGGAAAAUGAUAAGUGCGAGAAGAACAAGGAUUGCUGCGACGGGCUCAAUUGCAACAAAGAGAGCUUGGUUUGCGAGAAAGCACAAUUGUAAACUGUCGAAUUUCUUUCUCAAAUAUACCUACAAAUGUAUCAUACAUUGAAUUGAUUGAUUUUGGAGAAAAUAUAAAACUCGA